GCGCGGCCGUCCUCCCCCUCCCCCGCCGUCUCUCAGCACCUCCUCGGCAGCCCCUCGACUCCUUCUCGGCCACGCGCCUGCCCCAACCUCUGGCUGGCUUCGGAGCCUGCAGGCGCAGAAGGGAGUGCAGGGUGUGGAUCGCUGCCCCAGCCCGGGCCGCCGCCUCCGAGCAGUCGGCACCGGGAGGCAGGAGGCACUAUGCAGGCGUGCGGGGGCGGCGCGGCCGGCCGCCGGGCCUUCGACAGCAUCUGCCCCAACAGAGUGCUGGCACUGCCCGGCCGGGCGCUGCUCUGCAAGCCGGGGAAGCCGGAGAGGAAGUUCGCUCCUCCGCGGAAGUUCUUCCCCGGAUGCACAGACGGGAGCCCGGUGUCGGUGUACGAGGAUCCCCCGGACGCCGAGCCCACAGCGCUGCCAGCCCUCACCACCAUAGACCUGCAGGACCUCGCUGACUGCUCUUCGCUACUCGGGUCCGACGCGCCGCCUGGUGGUGACCUGGCCGCCUCGCAGAACCAUUCCCUCCAAACGGAAGCAGACUUCGAUCUGCAGGAUUUCAGAGACACGGUGGAUGAUUUCAUUGCAGACUCAUCCUCUAUGAUGUCGCCUACCCUGGCCAGCGGAGACUUCCCUUUCUCUCCUUGCGACAUAUCACCAUUCAGGCCCUGCCUCUCCCCGCCACUGGACCCAAGGGCCCUGCAGUCACCACCGCUGCGCCCUCCAGACGUGCCCCCGCCUGAGCAGUACUGGAAGGAGGUGGCGGACCAGAACCAGAGAGCGUUGGGAGACGCGCUUGUUGAGAAUAAUCAACUGCACGUGACAUUGACCCAGAAACAGGAGGAGAUCGCCUCGCUCAAGGAGCGGAACGUGCAGCUGAAGGAACUCGCCAGCCGAACCCGGCACCUGGCCUCGGUGCUGGAUAAGCUGAUGAUCACACAGUCCCGGGAUUGUGGGGCGGCGGCCGAGCCCUUCCUGCUCAAGGCGAAGGCCAAAAGGAGCCUGGAGGAGUUGGUCAGCGCUGCGGGGCAGGAUUGCGCGGAAGUGGACGCCAUCCUGCGGGAGAUUUCCGAGCGCUGCGAUGAAGCCCUGCAGAGCCGCGAUCCCAAGCGGCCCCGACUGCAGCCAGAGCCCGCGAACACUGACACCAGGCCCGGGAACCUGCACGGCGCCUUCCGGGGGCUGCGCACCGACUGCAGCCAGAGCGCCUUGAACCUGAGCCACAGUGAGCUGGAGGAGGGCGGCUCCUUCAGCACCCCCAUCCGCAGCCACAGCACCAUCCGAACCCUCGCCUUCCCCCAGGGCAAUGCCUUCACCAUCAGAACAGCCAACGGGGGUUACAAGUUCCGCUGGGUCCCCAGUUGAGCUGUGAUGUGGUCCCCCAAAACACUGCCCUGUAUUUCCACUGAAGUGCCUGGAGGCUUCCCAGAACUUUCCCUUCAGGUUGAAUGCCACCCUGAAACAUUUUUUCAGGAACAAAAGCAUCUUGAUACCGAUGCAUUGUAAAUUUCUGCUACAAAACAUUGUAUAGUCCCUCCCCUUGUCACAGUGAAACUGUGUGUAUAUAUAUAUAUGUCACAUAUGUCACAGCCAAUUUUAAAAGUAUUUAUUUUUAGCAGCUUUGAAUUAUGUAUUUUUAGAGCAGGGAAGGAUUUAGAAACCAUAGUUACUUUUAUAAUUAUAUAAUGCUCUAAUAUUAUAAGAAGGAAAAGAAGGCUCUAAGAGGUUAAGUAAUUUCCUGCAAUGGGAAACACUGGAACCUUUCAAUCACUUUAACUAGUCACUUAAGGACUCUAGGCCCAGAAGCCUGGUUUCUGGGUGAAUGUUUUUAUACAUCACUCCACUUCCCUCAGUCCUGAAAGGACACCUAAUUUUGUUACUAUUGAAAAUUUUUAUUUUGGUGGCCAGAAUACGAAAUCGGGAGAGGUAACCUGAACAGUUGUCUUAGGAAAAGGCAGAUUCUUAGAGGCAAUGGGCUAUCAACAAAAUAGGUGCUAAGCACAUUUGUUUGUAAUUAUCAUUCACAUAAUUUAGAAGAUUUAUGGUAACAGUUUAUAUUCAUUAUCCAUACAGUUCUAUUUGUGCAAAUAGAAUAACCACCUAAAAAGCAAACAGUGUUAAUGAGAAAUAUAUAUUGUUUUAAGAAAAUAGCAUAUACGACAUGAAAAAGAGUGUUCCCCCUUUUUUUUUUUUUGCCAGAAAUCAAGUGUGGAAAUCUUGAUCAAAGUAAAACUACCUAUUUGAACUACACAGAUAAAACUGGGGUGCACAGUCAUAUUGUACAUUUCUUGGCUCGAUUUA